AUGUUUAACAAGCGACACUCCGCUUUACGGGGGGUUAUUGAAAGAACUUUCGGGGUGUGGAAGAAGAAAUGGGUAAUUCUACGUGAUAUGCCAUCCUAUUCUUUUCCUAAACAAGUGUAUAUUGUGUUGGCCACCAUGGCACUUCACAACUUCAUCCGACGUCACCCCUCUCAUUCAGAUACGGACUUCAAUAUCAGUGAUGAUGAUGAAAUUAUUGAUACUCUAGAACCUUCAGGAUCUCUAGCUGAUAAUGAGAUGGACUCGAUUGAAUAUGAAACUCAGGAUGGUGAGGGUGCAGUUGAGAUGGCUGCUCUGAGGGAGUCUAUAGCAGAUGCUAUAUAUGAUAGCUAA